AUGGCAACUCUAGAUAAGUCUGAAGUCAUCACUGCUGAAACGCUAGAGAACCCUAGGAUGGCAGACGAGGCAGGCCUCCAAAAGACAGAUACCAUUGACACAGUCCACGGCGACGAGGCAGCGAUUGUCCUGGCCACCUACCAUGGUGAGCUCACUUGGGACGAUGACGAAGAAAAACGCGUCAAAAGGAAGAUUGAUCGGCGUUUACUCCCUAUCCUUUGUAUUACGUAUGGUUUGCAAUACUACGACAAGACGAUGCUGUCACAAGCGGCGCUGUUCGGACUUCGCAACGAUCUCGGGCUGGAAACGGGAAAUCGGUUUUCAUUCUGCGCCUCCAUCUUCUACUUGGGAUUCAUCGUCGGAGCAUAUCCUGCCAUUGUUUUGGCCCAGCGCUUCCCUAUCGAGCGUGUUGCUUCGGGCAUCGUCCUUGUUUGGGGGAUAUGCUUGACCUGCACAGCUGCCUGCCACAACUGGCAGUCCUUUUAUGCGCAGCGGUUCUUUUUGGGACUCUUAGAAUCCGGAGUCAGCCCAAUGUUCAUGAUGGUCGUCGGCCAAUUCUACAAGAAGGAUGAGCAGGCUCUUCGAAUGGGAGCUUGGUGGUGUGCUACAGGAUACAUCUCGACUGUUUCCCCUCUCAUCAAUUACGGCCUUGGACACAUCACCGGGUCCCUCGCUCCCUGGCGAUAUAUGUACAUCGUCGCAGGAAUGAUCACAAUCCUGUGGUCCACCGUCAUCUUCUUCUUCAUGCCGCCGGAUCCGGUUCACGGACGCAAUUUGAAUAAGCGAGAACGAUACAUCGCCGUCGCCCGCCUGAGAACGAACAACUCCGGUGUCCGGAGCAAGCACUUCAAGAAGGAACAACUUUAUGAACUGCUCAUCGACUUGAAGUUCUGGCUUGUCUUCUGCAUCACGUUCCUGAUUAUGUGGGCAAACGGCCCGGCUUCUACCUUUAUACCAACCAUCAUCCACGGCUUUGGCUUUGGCACGUUGACUUCUCUACUGUUGGUGAUGCCCGCGGGGGCGAUCAUGUCCUACCUAGUUGUCAUCUGCGAAUUGGGCACAAUCUUGUCCUGCCUUCUCUUGUGGCUGCUUCCGACACAACAACUUGGAGGUCUCUUGUUUGCGUCAUACAUCCUAGCCGCCAACAGCGCCGGCUAUGCCGUGCUUAUGGGCAUGCAGCUGGCCAACACGGCUGGGUAUACAAAGCGAUCGCUUGCCUCAUCUAGCGUCUUUGUGGGCUACUCUGCUGCGAUCAUCAUGUCUCCGUAUACCUCAGCUAAGGACCCUUCACUGGGUGUAGGCAACGUCGUUGGGCCCCUCUUGUUCACAGCCACGGACGCACCAAGAUAUCCUCACGGAUUUAUCGCAGUCUUCGCCUCUGCCUGCGCCACAGUUGUUUUGGUAAUUGUCUAUCGCUUGUUCUGUGCGUGGGAGAACAAGAAGCGUGACGAGGCUGGAAUCAUGGAAGGUUAUGAGCAUGCCUACGACGACGAUUUUACGGACCGCACGAAUAAGCAGUUCAGAUACAUCUACUAG